GGCCCCGCCCUUCCGUUCCACCAAUCACCGCGGAGCAGUAGGCCCCGCCAGGGAGCGGCGGCGCCGCGGCUCAAUCACAGCCCGGCGGGCGUCGGAGGAGUUCCCACGCUCUCGUCGUCCCCGCCGCCCCGCGCAGUUGGACUCUGAGGUGCAGAAUGAUGUGGCGGGCCGCGGUGCUGCUCUUCGGCCUGGUCCUGGGCGUGGGCGCCGUUUCCGUGGGCGUGGACGACCCCGAGGAUGGGGGCAAGCACUGGGUGGUGAUCGUCGCGGGCUCCAACGGCUGGUAUAAUUACCGGCACCAGGCUGACGCGUGCCACGCCUAUCAGAUCAUCCACCGAAAUGGGAUUCCGGACGAGCAGAUCGUCGUGAUGAUGUAUGACGACAUUGCCAACUCAGAAGACAACCCGACCCCGGGCGUGGUGAUCAACAGGCCCAACGGCACCGACGUGUACAAGGGCGUGCUGAAGGACUACACUGGAGAGGAUGUAACCCCCCAAAACUUCCUUGCUGUGCUGCGGGGUGAUGCAGAAGCUGUGAAGGGCAAAGGAUCUGGAAAAGUCCUGCAGAGCGGACCCCGGGAUCACGUGUUUGUUUACUUCACUGACCACGGAGCUACGGGAAUACUGGUGUUUCCCAAUGAUGAUCUUCAUGUCAAGGACCUGAAUGACACCAUUCACUAUAUGCACAAACACAAAAUGUACCAGAAGAUGGUAUUCUACAUUGAAGCCUGUGAGUCUGGCUCCAUGAUGAACCACCUGCCUCACGACAUCAAUGUCUAUGCGACCACCGCCGCCAACCCCAGUGAGUCGUCCUACGCCUGCUACUACGACGAGGAGAGGGGCACGUACCUGGGCGACUGGUACAGCGUCAACUGGAUGGAAGACUCGGAUGUGGAGGACCUGACCAAAGAGACCCUCCACAGGCAGUACCAGCUGGUGAAGUCCCACACCAACACCAGCCACGUCAUGCAGUACGGAAACAAGUCCAUCUCCUCCAUGAAAUUGAUGCAGUUUCAGGGUGUGAAGCACAGAGCCAGCUCCCCCAUCUCUCUGCCUCCGGUCGCAGGCCUCGACCUCACCCCGAGCCCCGAGGUGCCCUUGGCCAUCAUGAAGCGGAGGCUGAUGGCCACCAACAAUUGGGAGCAGUCUCGGCGUCUGGUCAAGCAGCUCCAGCAGCAUCUGGAUGCCAGACACAUCAUUGAGAAGUCUGUGCACAAAAUCGUCUCCUUGCUGGAAAAAUCCGAGGCCAAGGCCCAGAGGCUUCUGACGGAGAGAGCCUCGCUCAGUGAGCACGCGUGCUACCAGGAGGCCGUCACUCACUUCCGCACCCACUGCUUCAACUGGCACUCAUCCACGUACGAGUACGCCUUGAGACACCUGUACGUGCUGGCCAACCUUUGCGAGGAGCGCUAUCCCGUCCAGAGAAUAAAGACGUCCAUGGACAAGGUGUGCCUUGACCACUACUGAAGAGCUGCCUUCUGGAAGCUUCUCCUAGAGGGAAUGCCAUCCGUCCCUUAGGCUGUGUACUAACCGGAGGUCACGGAAGUGGGGGCGGGGGGGGACAGCUGCUGCUGGACACCCACCCACCCACCCGCCUGCCUGCCCACCCGCCCCUCUGGCCUCCGAGGCCCCCCGCAUGGAGCUCUAGAUAUGACACUUGGACUCGGCGAGGGUUCGUGUUGAGAAAUGGGGGUUUGCUUCUUUGGAGUUUUGUUCGUUUUGCCCAUGAGUUUUCAGGAGCGGGAAAUUCACUGGGGGGCUCCUGGCUUCUGGGACCAGUGUGCAGUAG